CAUCCAAUAUGCCACAACCAGUCAAGGCUCUAACCCCAGCAGAUAUCUAUGUCUUCAUUCCCAACUUGAUCGGGUAUGCCCGCGUCUUCACGGCGAUCUUGUCGUUUUUCACGAUGAAGAACCAUCCGGUUAUCACUGCCUUUGUGUACGGGCUCUCGUGUCUUUUAGAUGCCUUUGAUGGCACUGCGGCCAGGAAGUUUAACCAAGCCACCAAGUUCGGUGCCGUCUUGGAUAUGGUAACAGACCGGUGCACCACCUCGUCGUUGAUCUGCUUCUUGGCGGUUUUGUAUCCAUCGUGGAUGAUCGUCUUCCAGUUGCUCAUCAGUUUGGAUUUGGCCUCCCACUACAUGCACAUGUACGCUAUGUUGUCUGUGGGCUCUACCUCCCACAAGGAUGUAGACGCCUCGCAGAGCAAGUUGUUGAGCUUGUACUACAACGAUAGAACCGUGUUGUUUGUGGUAUGCGCCUUGAACGAAUUGUUCUACAUGGCGUUGUACUUGGCCUACUUUGAUUACUUUUUGUUUGGCAAGGUUUUGGCCUGGGUCACCUUCCCGGUCUGGUUCUUCAAGCAGGUCACCAACGUCAUUCAAAUGAGGGGUGCCUCUGAUAAGUUGGUGGCCAUUGACGCCGAGGAAAGAAACAAGGCUUUUACCUCGAAGUAAUUCCAAAACAACCUCCCCAAAGGUCUCCCUAGAGGAUCUCCCUUGAAAAUUUCCCCUCGGCUUGGUCUUAUCAUCCCCGGAUUAUACUCGAGGCUAACCUCUCACAAUACAGAUAUCUCCCUGUUAUUUCAUCACAAUAUCUAAUCACCAAAGGUCCUAUGUAUAUUUUAAUUAAUUCACGUGAAUUUGUUCUUCGAAAUUAGGCAAUUAAAGGGGCUAUAUGUAUUUUGAAUGUUAUUUUUUUCGAGCAAGUCGGGGUCCCUAUUACAGCAAAUGCCAGCG